AUGACAAAGGAGAGCGGCAAGGGCGAGGAUGGAAGUCGAUCCUCUGGUUCGUUCUUGCGCCCGCCAACGAAAGGCAAUCUCGUGGAAGAAACGUUCGACAAUGUGAUCGCCAUUGGUCCGGAGCCUUCCUCGACGAUAGACACGUCUGCAGAUGUUGCCGAAGAGUCCGGCUCAAGCACGCCUUUGCGGCGGUCGGUGUCGUACCCACGGCUGGAGAAGGAGAUCAUAGAGCAGGACAGCCGCGACUUGUCUACUAUCAUCAAAGCAGACACUUCAGGACUGUCGCGGUACCUCCCAGACCUCAACACAUCCCAGACUUCUUCACCUUCACGGCCGCCGCCUUCCCGAAACUCGCCUCCCACUCAGACCCAAUCCGAGUCUUUACCCUCGCCAACGGACAACGAACUGGAACUGUCCGCGUCGAACGUCCAAGGGCAAGUGCUCGACGCGCUGCUCGUCAAGGAUUAUGCCGCCUCUAGGGAAUGA